GUUUGACAGCUGCAUUUCCCAUACAGCGCCCUCUCUCCCCACCGCCUGCACCGAAGCGGAUGAAAACAAACACUAACGAUGGCGGCGCCGGCGGGCGACUGGUUGGUGGCUUAGGGCGGAAGAGAUCGCUUGACGCGUGAAGAAACAGCUCUGAGGAAAACUAGUUGACAUCGGCCCGACAGUUUGCUCAGUUCUUGGAGUCAGGAGCCUCGUAAAGCGUGAGGUAUCUCUCUACCACCUGUGCUGCUUAUACCGCCCUGGAGCGCGGAACCCUCAGCCGGGAGGCGCGGUUGGCCGGCUCCAGGCCCCGGCCUCCGGAAUGAGAGUUAAAAUUACUGUUUCAGUGGACUGGGGGAGAGCUCAGUGGCAGAGUGCCUGCCUGGUCUGCACAAGGUCCUGCUUUUGAUUCAUAGCCCUGAACCAACAAAAAGAAACUUUCGAACUAAGGUUCUUACAGGCGAUGGAAACUGAUCUCAGUUCCCAGGACAGAAAGGACCUGGACAAGUUUAUUAAAUUUUUUGCACUCAAGACUGUCCAAGUAAUUGUCCAGGCUCGACUUGGUGAAAAGAUUUGCACCCGUUCAUCUUCUUCCCCAACGGGUUCUGAUUGGUUCAAUUUAGCAAUCAAAGACAUCCCAGAUGUCACCCAUGAAGCAAAGAAGGCCCUGUCAGGGCAGCUGCCUGCGGUGGGACGCUCUAUGUGUGUGGAGAUCUCACUCAAGACUUCUGAGGGAGACUCCAUGGAGUUGGAAAUUUGGUGUCUUGAAAUGAAUGAAAAGUGUGACAAAGAAAUCAAAGUUUCCUACACUGUAUACAACAGACUAUCACUGCUGCUGAAGUCUCUUCUUGCUAUAACGAGGGUGACACCAGCUUACAGACUCUCGAGAAAACAAGGGCAUGAAUAUGUAAUAUUGUACAGGAUUUAUUUUGGGGAAGUUCAACUGAAUGGUUUAGGAGAAGGCUUCCAGACAGUUCGAGUUGGAACAGUGGGCACCCCUGUUGGCACCAUCACUCUUUCCUGUGCUUAUAGAAUUAAUUUGGCAUUCAUGUCGACCAGGCAAUUUGAGAGGACCCCACCUAUCAUGGGGAUUAUCAUAGAUCACUUUGUUGACCGUCCCUACCCCAGCUCCUCUCCCAUGCACCCUUGCAAUUACAGAACUGGUGAGGAUGCUGGAGUCACAUACCCGUCAGUGGAAGACUCUCAGGAAGUCUGUACCACCUCUUUUUCCACCUCCCCUCCCUCCCAGUGUGUGUUUACUGUCACAAAGGCACAUUCUCAGACCCCUCCUCCUGUGCUGACGGACACUCUGAGGGUCCCCAUGGCAGGACUGGCCUUUUCCCAUCAACUCUCAAGCUCUCGCCUUUCCUAUCAGCCUGCUGUCCUGGGCCUUGGAUCGGCUGACCUGGCUUAUCCAGUAGUGUUUACUGCUGGCUUAAACACUGCACACGCUCACCAGCUGAUGGUUCCUGGGAAGGAAGGUGGGGUACCUCUUGCUCCCAGCCAGCCUGCUCACGGCACCCAGGCUGACCAGGAGAGACUGGUGACUCACACACCUUCUGAGGGAACCCACUGUGCUGCCACGCCAUCUAGCAGUGAGGACACUGAGACUGUAUCUAACAGCAGUGAGGGACGGGCCUCACCCCAUGAUGUCUUGGAGACUGUCUUUGUCCGAAAAGUGGGAGCAUUUGUCAACAAACCCAUCAACCAGGUGGCCCUGACAAGUUUGGACAUACCCUUCGCCAUGUUUGCUCCCAAGAAUCUGGAGCUGGAGGAUGCUGAUCCUAUGGUGAAUCCCCCCGAUUCCCCAGGGACCACGUCUCCUCUCCACGGCAGCCUGCACUCAGAUGGCUCCAGCGGGGGCAGCAGUGGCAAUCCACACGACGACUUUGUUGUGCUUGACUUUAAACCUGCUUUUUCUAAAGAUGACAUUCUUCCGAUGGACUUGGGGACCUUUUACCGUGAAUUUCAGAAUCCCCCUCAGCUGAGCAGCCUCUCCAUAGAUAUUGGAGCCCAGUCUAUGGCGGAAGACUUGGAUUCUUUACCAGAGAAACUGGCUGUGCAUGAGAAGAAUGUCCGAGAAUUUGAUGCCUUUGUUGAAACCCUGCAGUAAAAGUGUCCCAAGUAUCCGCAGCAUCCCCCUUCCUGUGGACCCAGCAAAGAACCUCCUCAUCCUCAGCAGCUCCCUGCCUUCCUACUGUUUCUGGCCAGUGAAAAGCAGGGUGGUUCCAUAUGGGACGUAGAAGCCCCUGCUCUUGGACCUCCUGGAGACUCGUGGCAGCAGUCAGACCCAGUGCCAGACUUUGGAAGGACUCUGGCUAUACCAGAAGAGCUCGGCAGGGACCAUCCUCAGCUGCCUCACAAAGGGUGUCAUCCUUUCCUUCUGCCAGCCCUGGCCUGGUCUACUCUGCAGCUCCCCUGCCUACUUGACAUUCCAUCUGGUGGCGGGGACACUGGACAAGACCAAGUGGGGCGAAGGAGGGCUCUGUGUCACCAGUAGUUACUGGGCCACCCCACUCUCCCUUUCCCUCCCGCUCCUUUCCCUCCAUCUUUCCUCAUGACAGUCACAGAAAAGCUCUUUCCUUCUCACCCUCCCUCAAUUGCUGCUGCUUGGAUAUAGGACAUGGUAAAUAUUUAUUACUUUCAGAGAAACCAGAUAUUUUAUAGAAAAAUAUGUUUGGGUUAGCAGUGUCACUGGGGAAGGAGGAGGGCCUUUUUCUGGAUGGAGGCCUGUGAAGAUUCCUCAGAACCUGCUGUUGCAUCUAAAGAGAUGAGGAAUGGGGCUGCAGGAGCAGAGGAACCCUCAAGCUGGUGUGGAACUGCAUUCCUUUGCACACGGUGCGCUCCUACUGAGCAUCUUUCUGACAGAGCGUCUGCAAAGUGACUGGCUCUAUUCUAGGCCCCAGGAAAGCUCGGGUGUGUUUAAUGUGUGACUCACUCGAGACACAUGGUGCCCCAGGGAGCACUGUAUGUCCUGCUGCUCGAGUCCCCGAGACUAGAGCAGGAGUGGGGAGCUAUUCCUCCCUCCAAUUCCAGAGUCUGUAUAUGGCCCUGGGUUCACAAGCUGGAUUGGUUCCUUUUUGAGCUUAUGGUUGACUUAAACUUCCAGGUAAUUGUUGCUUGAGUAAGUCAAGUGCCUCUGCCAGCCUGCCUGUUCCUCUGAUCCCUAUAGUCACUGGCAGCAGCUGUUACUCAUUGGAGCAGGUGGCUCACAACUGCUUAUUAGUAAUCUGCAUUGUAAUACUGGAGACUUUGACCUGUGCAUGCUUCUGCUGCCACAGAGAAAUGUGCCCAGAAGUGGUGGCCAGAUGGCACUGCAGCCUUUGGAUCAGGCACAUUCAUGGCCUACUGAACCCGAUUUGCUCCCACAGCCAGCGCUGAGAAGGCGUGAGGGCAUGGAUUCUUGGCAGCUCAGCCAGUGGCCUUUGUGUCUCAGACCUAUCAGGGUAGAGGCCAGGGAAGCUGAGCAGAGCAUCCUUCAAGGUUGCCUGUGCUCUUCAGCCCUGCACAAAGGGAACCAACUCCUGCAGCCACGCUCAGGCUGGGACCAGGUGGCUAUGAGGCCCCUUCUCCAGUGCUUUGUUGGGCAAUGAGAGCUACACUUGGAAAUAUAAUCAGGAGGUUUCCAAUAAAAGUUUUCUGUACUUUACAAUUUUGUAUUGGAA